GAUGAACGUUUUAAUUGUAAAAUCGAUACGUUGACCGGUUAUCGUACAAAGGCAUUACUUUGUAUGCCAAUCAAGGACUCAUCGGGUGAUGUCAUUGGUGUGGCCCAAGUCAUUAAUAAAUUGAAUGGAGAAUGUUUCUCAGAAACUGAUGAAAAGGUUUUUGCUUCCUAUUUACAAUUCUGUGGCAUUGGUCUGCGUAACGCUCAACUCUAUGAGAAAUCCCAGUUGGAAAUCAAACGUAAUCAGGUGUUGCUCGAUUUGGCACGCAUGAUAUUCGAGGAGCAGAGUACCAUCGAACACAUGGUCUUUCGUAUACUAACCCAUAUGCAGAGUCUAAUACAAUGCCAAAGAGUACAAAUCCUGCUGGUGCAUGAGGCUUCGAAGGGUAGUUUUUCGCGGGUAUUCGAUUUUGAAGCCAAUGACCUUAGCGAAGAGGAGUCGACAAAUCGUACAAGUCCAUAUGAAUCACGUUUUCCCAUAAAUGUUGGUAUUACGGGGCAUGUGGCAACAACGGGGGAGACCGUCAACGUCCCCAAUGCCUAUGAGGAUGAUCGUUUUGAUCCCAGUGUAGAUGAGGGUUCAAACUUCAAACACAAAUCCAUACUCUGUAUGGCCAUUAAGAAUUCAUUGGGUCAAAUUAUUGGUGUAAUUCAGCUGAUUAACAAAUUUGAUAAUUUGGUCUUCACCAAAAACGACGAAAAUUUCGUUGAAGCCUUUGCCAUUUUCUGUGGCAUGGGCAUUCACAAUACCCACAUGUAUGAGAAGGCCAUUGUCGCCAUGGCCAAACAAAGUGUUACACUGGAGGUAUUAAGCUAUCAUGCUUCGGCAACAAUGGAUGAAGCUCAUCGCCUAAGGGUAAGUUUGUUAAAGGAAAA